GUCUGCGCUCGCCAGGCGGGGUGGGUGGAAGGAGGAGGUGCAGCUGAGAGCCGCGUCCACACCGCCACUCGUACACUCACCAACAUCGCCCGCUACACAACCACCACCACUCACCAACCUCGCCCGCUACACAACCACCACCUCACCUGACCUCACCACCUCACCUCACCCCUUCCACAACUACCACUUACCAACCUCACCCGCUACACAACCACCACCAUCUCCACUCACCAACAUCGCCCGCUACACUACCACCACCACCACCACCACCUCACCUAACCCCCUACACAACCACCACCACUCACCAACAUCGCCCGCUACACAACCACCACCACCUCACCUCACCCCCUACACAACCACCACCACUCACCAACAUCGCCCGCUACACAACCACCACCACUCACCAACCUCGCCCGCUACACAACCACCAACUCACCUCACCACCUCACCCCUUCCACAACUACCACUUAUCAACCUCAACCGCUACACAACCACUACCAACCACCCCUCACCUGCUCCAUAGCUCUCAACCACGAACAACCACAUCGCUAACCACCACCAAACAACACAACCAACCACCCAGUCAGUGGGGCGGCUCUCGAGUACGCAGGCGGUGCAACUGCGUUGAGGCCCACAGGCCGGAAAGGCAUCGGGCUACGAAAUGGAUAGUGGGGAGGGGGGGCUCUCAAUGAAUAUCACACCGCCCCCCCCCCCUAUGAUAACCACGCAUCAACAUUGCACCUAACCAACAAACACGCGACCGGAUCAGCCAAAGCAACCCAGACGGCGCAAGAUAACGAAGCAGACAACCUGAACGACAAGCAAGGACCCAACUAACAGAUCGAGGACGCCAGCUAGACGUCUCCUCACCAGCCGAGCAAUCUCAACUGAGCAAGCAAGCGACAGAAUGGAGCCGACACAACGAGGCAAUAAUGUCAGCCAAGCAACUUAACCGAGCAACCAAAUCCACCAUCAAAUCUAACGGAGUCAACCACUCCAGACAAGCCGCCCGUCAAAGCAGCCGAACUAUCCCGAGCUUACCAAUCGAUAAACCCCAAUAACCAACCCAAACUAACCUUCCCAAGCAACCAAAGCAGAUCAACUCAGCCCUGUCGAACCCGGCAUCGCAAAUCAUCAAACUCGAACAGCAGACGCAACGAUAGCCUCACCAGGCAGCCCAGGUAAUCAAAACAAGCGACUUAACACAAUGCGCAACUAACUAACCCGAGCGACGAAACUAAUCGACGAACCCAACCAAUCGGACAAGAAACUCAACUAAGCAACCCUAGAAACUUAAUCCGAAUCGACCCAACAUCAAAUCCAACUCGGAGCCAACCGCCGUAACUCGGUCAACAAAUCAAAGUGGCUACCGCGAGCAACGAAACGCAGGCAAACCAACCCACCGUGUAGACUGACCAAGCGAACGUUUAACCGAGCAACUUAACCAACUAUACCUAAACUGGAAAAAACAAUUCAACCAUAAACAAUAAACCCAGCAUGUUCGGUGAAAGCAUCAACCAAAUCACGAAACCCAAGCACGCAACCCACCCACGCAACCUAAACACGCAACCUAAACACGCAAUCCGACCCACGCAACCUGCCAAUACAAAGUAUAACCGCACCAAUCCCAAGCAAAUAAAUCGAACAAACCAAACGCAAACAUUCAACCGAAUUCAACCAAUAACCAAGCUACUCGCAACUAACCAUCCGAACGCUACCAAAUCACUACCGAGCUGUACUGAGUUGAAGAUAAGGUCACACACAGUCGCACCGUCUCUACACAAAGACAGAUAUCCCCCGUAUAGCCUUUACAGGAUAAGUGCUCGCUAACAACGCUUGCCCCUACGGUCUGCUGAAGGGCUAUACGGGGGUGGGGGGAUCAUUGCCUUUGUGCGUUGUCUGUGUGGACUGGCGUUACAUCGGGGGUGGGGAUGCAAUCUGUUUUGGGUUUUCGUUCGAUAAGAAAAAAAUAAUCGAAUUAAAUGUGUUCCGACUGAACUUACGACAAAGCCUGUCCGUCAUUUCAUUUUACAUCCAACUGCAACGCGUGUUGAGCCAUAUGUGUAUUUCUUUUAACGGUGGGAUUUUAAAAAAAUGGCUACAGUAUAUAUCGCAAACUUAAUUGCAACAUUUAAAUACACAGAUUUACCAUUGUGCCCAGACACAUUUUACGGACGACUCCUGUAGAUAGUUUCGCGUGUGUGUGUGUGUGUGUGCCGACUCAAGGUCUUAAAGUGGAAGAAAUAAAGACAGCGAAUUGAAAGAUGCGUUUCAUUUACCGUGACGUGGCAGGUGGUCCAACUCUUUAUCGAGAUAUUCGCUGACGCAGAACGACCGCGUUGCGUCCCGUCGGUCGGUUGCCAGGGGUUCGUCAUUUCGGUUGCAAGCAACAUCACCCGUGCGUUCGACUACCGAGCUGUCGGUCAACUUGUUGCGACUUGUGUUGACAAGUCUGGGGACAAUUCUGCUGCUUCUGCAUAGAACCGAUCAGAGAGCCUUUAGGCGUCUCGGGUCGCUCGACUUUCUUGAAGCGUCGUCUAUCGCUGCCGUUUACAUUGUUGUCGUGGAUAUUGUUUGUUGCCGCUCGUAAUUGUUGCUGUUGUUGGGAACUGGAAGGCCCCCCCGGGGAAAGGCCACCCGAUGUCGGAAGGGCUCCGUAGGAAGGCCACUCGGCCAUUUCACAAGCAGCGCGCGCGGCGCGUGAUGGCGAUGCCUCGAGAACGCUGCACGGCCGACGGCGAGCGGGGGUCGCCAGGUGUCGCUGUGACAUCGCCUCUUCGUGUGUCACGCGCACCGCGAUCAUCUGCGGGCUCCAUGCCCCCCCCCCAACGAGCCUCCACCAUCUUGGGGUGUCGGCUCGCGGCCACCAAGCAGCAAAGAUAUCGUGGAGGUGGUGGUGGAGAGGGGGAGAGAGAUCAACAGACCUCCACGUCGAAAACAAACUUCACGUUGUGCGCACAAACAGUGCAAAAGUCACAACAGCGCCGAACUCGCCACUUCGCAUCCAAACUCAUCCCCCGGGCUGCUGCCUUUCGUUUUCUACCGGGGGGGGAUGAGGGAGAAGGGGGGGGGCAUCGCGGCGUCGUUUCGUAUCGGUCGAUGAUUUCGGUCACCUUCCGUAGAAGCGUCAUCCUCCGUCUCAACACGGGAGAGACGCACGCCAUCAAAAGUAUACAUUGCUCUCCCCCCCACCUCCCCCCCAAAAAAAGAAUCGAAUGAAAUUAAUGAUCUUUUUUUGCUGUUGCUGCUGCGCGAAUCAAUCCUCUGGACGGGGCCCGGGUACUUUGCAUUUGCCUUCUCUCCGUGCGAGGAGGAGAGCGUUGCCUCCCCACAACUGCGCGCGGUGGCCGGCCUCGGGAUGAUACCGGCCGGAAGGUCCUCUUGCGGGUUGUACGGGCAGCAGCAUCAGCAGCAGCAUCAGCAGCAGCAUCAACACCAACAGCAUCAGCACGUCUCGGUGGGCGGUCGUGUCGCGGCGCAGGAGACGAAUCCUCUCGCGACUACAAGCGGGACGGCAUCGGCAACAGCGUCUCUCUGUGUUCCUAAAGCGGCGGCAGCAGCCCUCGCUCUGGGUAGUGUCCAGCAGGCAGUAGCAGCAGCAGGACGUCGAGACGAACGCGGCAACAGCUGCAACAACAACAACAGCAGCAGCAGCAGCGGCGGCGGCUUCGGCGGCUUCGGCAGUAACGGCGCCCUGCGAGGCGCUGCGACCGCCCUGCAAAUCCGCGCCGCUCCUCGGGGUGCCGCGGAGUGUCUCGGGCCAGUGGCGGGGCCCGGAGGGUCGCAUGGAGCUCCAGAGUCGGGGUCCCAUGUGGUGGUGGCCGCAGCGAUAGGAGUAGCGGCGACGGGAGGCCGACAACAGCAGGAGCAGCAGCAGCAGCAGCAGCGUCAGCAUCGAGAGGAGCAGCAGCACCAGAUUUUCCCUUGGAUGAGGAGGUCGCAUCAAGCUCAGGAGGGCCAGGAUUCACGACGAGCCCGUACCGCCUACUCGCGCUACCAGACACUGGAGCUGGAGAAGGAGUUCCACUUCAACCGCUACCUGACGAGGAGGCGCCGCGUCGAGAUCGCCCACUCGCUGUGCCUCACCGAGCGACAGAUCAAGAUCUGGUUCCAGAACCGGCGCAUGAAGUGGAAGAAGGAGACCCGGACGGGCGGAGGAGGUCCGGCGGCCGGACCUUCGCGUUGAAGGGUGUC